AUGAUGAUGUACACGGGGACGAGUACGGAGCAGGACACUCGCUUUAGUGAUAAGGAGAAGAAGCUAAUGAAGCAAAUGAAGUUCGGAGAUUGUUUAACACAGCAGGUGGAUAUGUCCAAAGUGAAGUUGGAUGUGCUGAAGCCCUGGAUAACACAGAAGAUCACUGAAAUCCUCAAGAUGGAAGAUGAUGUAGUUAUAGACUAUGUCAACAACCAGCUUGAAGAAAAGUUCCCUUGUCCCAAGAAAAUGCAGAUCAACUUGACUGGAUUCUUAAAUGGGAAGAAUGCACGGCUGUUCAUGGGAGAACUGUGGGAGUUAUUGUUGAGUGCGCAAGCUAGUGAAAAUGGCAUACCGGAGACCUUUACCCAGCAAAAGAAGGAGGAAAUAAAGAAGAGAAUGGAGGAGCAGCAGAAGGAUAAGGAUAAAGACCGUCGUAGAUCCCGCUCAAGGUCGCGAUCGCGUCGUCGUUCGCGGGAACGGCGUCGAUCAUCCAGAUCGCGUGACCGUUCAGGUGACAGGAAACACCGCAAUGGAGGCAGCCCACGUCGUUCGAGGAGGCGCAGUCGUGAAAGAAGCAGCCAGUCGAAGUCUUCGCAUGUUGAGGAAGUCAAGGCAACUGAUCCUAAAGAAAACGGUAAGUCUCCUGAGAAGAAAGAAGAAAUUGAAAUUAAAGAAGAAGUCAACAAUAGCACGGCAAAUGAUACAAGUAAAGAUGAGAGCAAGGAAAUUGACACUAAAGAUGACAAAACCGAAGAUGAAGGUCAGAAGUCUAGAUCCGCUUCACCCGAGAAGUCGGCAGAUGACAAAGGCACGGAAGUAAAGCCUGUUGAGAAAAGACGAUCCUCUAGUGAGAGACGAUCUACGUCCGCUUCAUCACGUGGCAGUGCAAAGAAAAGAUCAUCCCACAAGAAGCGCCAGUAUCGGUCAAACCGAGAUUCUUCCACGAGUGUGAGUCCGCGACGAAGUUCUCGACGUGAAAGAAGUAAAUCUCGUCGCCGCAGCAGUCGCCGCCGGUCGCUGGAUCGACGUGAAAGAGAACGGGAACGUGAGCGUGAAAGAGAACGAGAGAGAGAACGUAGACGACGUGAGAGAGAACGUCGGGAGAGAUCAAGAGAACGUCGUCGUUCAUUGGAAAGACGCAGGCGAUCUGAUUCUCGUACCCGCAGACGUUCAAGGGAUAGUCGUUUAAUAUUGAAUAGGUCUCGCGAUCGUCGUCGCUCUAGGUCCCGUAGGCGUUCUUUGUCGCGUCGCCGCUCCGGACGUCGCUCACGUGACCGCCGCUCCAGAGAUCGCAGACCUGCUUCUAGAGAUAAGCGCUCGCAGGAUAGAUCUAGGGAUAGAAGAUCUAAAGACCGCAUCAAGGAUACCAGAUCAAGGGACAGAAAAUCACGUGAUAGGCGAUCCAGUGAUUUAAUCAAAGAGCGAUUAGAAAAAUCUGUUUCCAUACCUCGUAAGGAAAACUUAGAAAAGACUCGUAAGAAGUCGUCGGAACGUGUCUCAUUGCCACGCGAACAGUCUAAAGAACGAGUUGUGUCUAGCUCAAGCAGGGAGUCGUCAGUGGCCAAUGAGAAGUCAGCUCCACAAAAUAAUGACAGGGAUCAUGAUGACUCUAAACCUGGACAUUCCUCUGAGGACGAAGAAAAAGAAGACAUUGUUGUCAUUCCUCAUUUACGCGAGUAUUCUAGGAGUUUAUCACGUACUCCUUCACCAUUCCUACGUAAGCAUGAAAUUGAAAACAAAAAGACUGAGAAGUCUGCUGAUGAUGCAUCAGGUAAAGAGCAAAACGAAGAAGAAACUAAGAACAGAGAAGCAAAGAAAGGAAAACGCAAAGCGCAGCAAUCUGAUUCAGACAGUGAAAGUAGUGAGGAAGUUGCGAAAUCCAAAUCCAAAUCGAAGGUCAAACGUAAGGAAAAAUCUACUUCUAAACGAGCUAAGAAACCUAAAAAAGAGAGCUCUUCGAGUGAAAGCGAUUCUGAAGAAAGUUCUUCCAGUGACUCAGAAGACGACAGAAAAAAGAAGAGUAAAAAGAAUGCUAAGAAGAAAGUGACUAAGAAAUCUCGCAAGAAGCGAGCGCGAUCUUCAAGCUCAGAAUCCACUUCCGAAGAAGAGGUUAAGCAUAAGAGUUCUAAAUCUAAACAAAAGAAUGUUCCAGGCGAAUCUGAUGCAGACAAGAAGUCUAAGAAGCGUAAUAAAGAUGCCAGUGUUGAACAUACGCGCUCUGAAAAACCUGAUAGCAAGCAAAGCAAAUCAAAGAAAAUUGAGAAUUCCGAAGAUUCUCAUGAUGACAGUUCUGAUAGUGAUGAAAAGACAACCAAGAAAAAGGUGUCAAAACGAGACUCGUCAAGCUCAGAGAAAGAUGUUAGGCGCAGUAAAAAAGUAGAAUCUACUAAAGAACGCCCAGCUUCACCAGAAGUAACUAAGGGCAGAAAAACUGAAGAUAAAACAAUUAAAACAAAACACUCCGAAGAUGUGAAAUCCAAAUCAUCACGAGAUGAUACUGAAAAGAAAGCAAAGAAACGCGAAAAGGAAGAGUCUUCUUCUGACAGUGACCAGGUGUCCAAAAAAAAGCCAAGGAAGAAAGUUUCUGAUUCCGAUUCGGACUCUGACAGUGAUGAACCUAAAAAGUCCAAGAAAGCUAAAAAACAUAAAAAACAUUCUAAAAAGCAUAAGAAACACAAAAAACAUAAGAAAUCGUCUAAAAAGAAGGAAGACUCCUCAGACAGUGAAGAAGCUGAGGAAGAAGAAGAGGAAGGAAAGGUAAAUAACGAAGAUUUAGAAAAAAAACUUCGUGAGAGAGCAUUGAAGUCGAUGAAAAAGCAAACUAGUGUUUCAGGUUCCGACUAG